AUGGCGCUGGAUGGACCCGGCGGCCAUGCGGCCUCCAGCAACCUAGCCCAGUUGGAGGAGCCGUUGCUACCGAUAUUCAACGUUGAACGAGUUCAACUCGCAUUUGAUGUUGCGGUUGACUUCGUCGCCGCUCAAGUUGCCAACAACGUCGUGAUCCUUGCCCUUGCGACAGGGAGAAUAUUGAGGAUUGAUUUAGGCAGCCCAGAAGACAUCGAUGAUAUUGAUUUACCCAAAAAGUCAUCCGAGAUUGGCGUUAUUCGUCGCAUGUUCCUCGAUCCCUCAGCUUCGCAUUUGAUUAUCACCACCACCCUUGGUGAAAAUUACUACCUCCACACGCAAUCGCGGCAACCCAAGCACCUACCAAGGCUGAAAGGCGUCUCUAUUGAGUGUAUAGCAUGGAACCUGGCGCAGCCGACCGCGUCCACGCGAGAAAUUCUAGUCGGCGCAGCAGAUGGGAAUAUCUACGAAGUUUAUAUUGAACCAGCGACCGAGUUUUACCGCAGAGAUGAGAAAUAUGUGCAUUCGGUAUAUAGGCUUCCCAACAUGGCGGUCACGGGGAUCUGGGUGGAUUCCGUUGCGGAUAAACAUGAAUACCGGCACGUUCUGGUGUCCUCCAAUGGGAGAAUUUUUUACUUUAGAGGAACGGUGGGCAGGCAUGGAAGAGAAGGAGGCGGCCCGCUGUACGCGGAUUUGUUCCAGCGGGAAACACCCCUCGUCCACGAACUGUCCUCGGCGUCUUUAUCUGCCCCAUCUUUGCUGGCUAUUCAGCCUGAGCCUCUUGAAGGCUCACACGGAGAUGGAAUACUUGGCGAAAAGAAUUUUGCUUGGCUCUCGUCUCAAGGCGUCUUCCAUGGCGCUAUUCCGAACUCAUCCGGUCCUCCCGAAGUUGGGCAUCGCAUAUUUGAUAAGGCGAAAAUGAUCCCUCGAUCAAUGCUGCCAGCUACCGAAUCUGCUAAAGGUGGUAAAAAGCUUAUUCAAGACCCAAUUAAGGGUAUGACUAUGACACAAUGGCAUAUACUUACACUAGUUGAAGGCCGCGUCGUGGCAAUCAACCGAUUGAGUAAUGAGAUAGUGUACGAUCAAGUUGUGCUCGAACCUGGCACGAGCUCCUUGGGGCUGGUUUCAGAUUUGAAGAAGAACACAUACUGGCUUUUCACUGGGAAAAAGAUAUUCGAAAUCACUGCCAAGGACGAGGAUAGAAACAUUUGGAAAAUCUUUUUAAAAGAGCAGCAAUUUGACGCCGCGCUGCGAUAUGCACAUAGCCCGGCUCAAAAAGACGCUGUUGCUACUGCGUCGGGUGAUUACUUAGCCAGAAAGGGCCAGUACCUUGAGGCUGCACACGUUUGGGGGAAAAGCAGCAAGCCUUUUGAAGAAGUCUGUCUAACUUUCAUUGACAAAGGCGAGACAGAUGCGUUACGAAAAUAUCUCCUAACCCAAUUGACCACCUAUAAAAAGCCAGCAGUGAUGCAGCGGACAAUGAUAGCUAGCUGGCUUGUUGAAGUUUUUGUCUCCAAGCUCGACGCUCUAGAUGACGCUGUCUUGACCAAGGCCGAACUAGAAGAGGGCACCAAUGCAGUGGAUGCCAAAAACCAACUCCAACAGGUCAAAUCGGAAUUCCAGACAUUUGUAUCGAAAUACAAAGCUGAUCUAGAUCCUAAAACUGUUUAUGAUAUUAUCGGGAGUCACGGUCGGGAGGAGGAGCUUCUCUAUUUUGCGAUUGCGGUCAAUGACCAUAACUUUGUGUUAUCAUACUGGGUUCAGCGCGAGAAAUGGACAGAAGCUCUAGACGUCCUCAAAAAACAGGCCGAUCCAGAAGUCUUCUAUAAGUAUAGUAGCGUGCUAAUGAUGCAUGUCGCUACUGAGCUCGUCGAUAUUUUAAUGAGACAGACGAAUCUCAACCCAGCGAAGCUUAUCCCAGCUCUUCUAAGCUACAACAAAGAGACCACAGUCUCCCUUUCCCAAAACCAGGCUGUGCGGUACCUUCACUUUAUUAUUACCAAUCAUCCGGACCCUUCUGCAGCCGUCCACAAUACGUUGAUAUCUAUAUAUGCCUCUCACCCUUCGAAAUCCGAGGCUGGGUUGCUCACUUACCUCGAGAGUCAAUCAAUAUCUCCUCCGCCGUACGAUGCAGAUUUCGCGCUCCGAUUGUGCAUUCAACAUGGUCGCGUCCAGUCAUGUGUCCACAUUUAUAGUAUGAUGGGUCAAUAUCUUGAAGCUGUACAGCUAGCCCUGAAACACGAGGAUAUUGAGCUCGCAGCGCUUGUUGCUGAUCGACCUGAAGGAAAUAAUAAACUGCGGAAGAAGCUUUGGCUUCUAGUUGCAGAAAAGAAAAUCCAUCAACGAGGAACCGGAAUUAAAGAUGCCAUUGAAUUUCUGCGCCGGUGCGAAUUACUCCGCAUUGAAGACCUCAUUCCGUUCUUCCCGGAUUUUGUGGUUAUCGAUGACUUCAAAGACGAGAUCUGCACAGCACUUGAAGAUUAUUCGCGUCACAUCGAUUCCUUGCGGCAAGAAAUGGAUAAUUCAGCUCAUGUUGCUGACCAGAUUAGGAGGGAGAUCGCAUCUCUGGGAACUCGCUACGCAAUUGUAGAACCGGGUGAGAAAUGUUGGAUCUGCUCCCUCCCCGUGCUCAGCAGACAAUUUUUCGUGUUCCCUUGCCAACAUGCAUUCCAUAGCGAUUGCUUGGGAAAGAAGAUUAUGGCUGCGGCUGGCACAGGGAAGCGAAAACACAUCAAGGAUUUGCAGGCUGAGAUGAGUAAAGGGGCCAAUACCGCGGCGAGGAGGGAACAGGUUAUUAGAGAGCUGGACGGAUUGAUUGCUGAGGCAUGUAUUUUAUGCGGUGACUAUGCGAUCAAGCAAGUUGAUGAACCUUUUAUCGGCCCAUCGGAUAAUAAGAAUGAAUGGGCAUUAUGA